AUGCUUGACAGAACUUGUGCUUGUCAAAAGAAAGACAACUUCUCCAUUGCCUUUAUCCAACUUUACAACUUCAUCCAUCCACUUUACCUGGCAUACUCCUAUGAAGAAGCUAAAGGAUCUCAGCGCAACGCGUUGGCAAGUGCGCUCAAAGACACCAGUUUUCACCUGAAUAAUACGGUGUGGAGAGUGAGACGUGAGAUAACGAAAACUGGUUCUCAAAUACCUACUGUACAAAAUGUCUCAGAGGCAAGCUUGGAUCAUUUUACCAGAGCAUAUUUACAAGCAAUGGUCAAUAGCAAACGCGUGAGUCUUACGAUCACUGAUGAUGUGGUGAAGAGUUACCGAAAUUACGUCAUCUUGUACACUCUGAAAGAUGUCCUCGAUAACGUGAUGACUUGUCUGUAAAAUGGUAUCCGCUGAAAGGAUGGACCACAUUUCCCUCUGAUGGAAGCAUGGAACCUAUCAUUAAUUACGGGACAUCACAAGAAAAUAUUUAAAUGAAAUUUUAUUUAAGAAGCGUAAAAAAGUAGUGCAACGAUUCUUCUUUUUUGGGAAGAAAGUCCAUUUAUUUAUAUUGAUAUCGAUGAGGAGUAUUAAAUGACUGUUACAAUCGACCUUCAAUAGAAGGAAACGACAAAGUCCAUAUUGAGAUUAGUAGUGACUGACUGGAAUCAGUGUAUAAGUUAAUCUGUUGCAGAUUGAAUAAUGUUGAUAAACCAAUGUACGAGCGUGAUGUUGUUAAAUUAACAAUAAAGCGUUGAAGAGAAACUGAAAAUAUUGUCUAUUUUUGUCUACAUAUUCGUUUCCUGUUUAUUGAAUGACGAAAAAAUAGUAUUAUUAAGCAAAACGUAGUAAUCGAAGAUGUGACUAAGUAAGACGUCCCUUGAGUUUGCGGGACUUUUUUUUUUUAAUAAACAAGU